CCUGGUGCGGGGUCCCGCUGCGCCCGGCCCGCCGGGGGAGAGCUGAGAGCUAAUGUGGGGGAGCGAGGCCCCACAGGGCUGGGGGGGUGGGCCACCCCUCACGAGUGCGCGGACCCCUGCUCCCACCGGGAUCUGGGCUGGCACAUGUCCCCGCCUCCCUGCAGCACCUACCCGAUGCUCCCUCGCCCCUGCCCCCCAGCCCCACUCCUCUCCUCCCACCAGCCCCUUGCACAUCUGAACCUGCCCGCCUGCGCAAGAAAAGCACGGGUUCCCGUCCCUCUAGACACUGUGAAUUUGGGACAAACGCUGUCCCGGGUCAUGCAGCCCAGGACCGGGAUUUGCGGUUCCUAUUUGGGCGCUGUCCCACCCAAUCAGGGAGCAGGGGUGACCCUAACUGCAGGGCGGGGACAGGAGGGAGCAGCCGAUGGGCUGGGAAGGGUGGAGAGCUGCGGCUGCCCCAUUUCUCCAGCCGGCCCGGUGCCCGCAUCCUGCGCUGGGGCCGGAGGGGCAGGAAGGACGGCUCCGACACUGCUCCGAGUGACUCCAUGCGGCGCCCAGCUAGGGAGACGUUGAUCCAAUUGCCCAUGGAUCCGGUUACUCCUUAGUCACAGCAAGCAGGGAGCAAGCACCAGCACACAGCGCUCACAACAGCCUUAUUCAGCCUGGAGCCAGCUUCCGAGCUCCCCAAAAACCAACAAACCGGGGCCCUGCACUGAACAACACUUCUUUCCACAUUUCUACAGCUUGGUUCACGGUCAUUAAAAUUCACUCCCCCUUUGCCCCUCCCCCCAUUGUUCCACCCAUUUCUCCUCCCAUCACAAGCUCUGCCCUCAUUACCAUGGCAUUGCCUAUGCACGUUAUUCAUUUACAUGCCUCUCUGCUAAGAGGGCAUGCGUAAGGCCACGAAUUCAGCUUUUCUCAGUCACUUGCUGAUUCUUCCUAGUUUCUUGCUGACUUUAGCAGCCUCUCCAAGGUGUUCCUGGAGACCGCACGCUGCCGACAGGCGCUGUGCAUGAGUGUACAGAGAGCGAGAGCCCAGGUCUCUGGCUGGUGAGACCCCUCCUGGGGAGACGUGGCUGCUGCGCUGGAGCCGUGGCAGCAGUGGGCCUCCCCUUCCCAGCUGGAGCUGGAGGAGCAGGACCCAGGAGGUGUGCAGGCAGGGGCUGAGGGUGCAGAAGUCCCUCGAGUCAUCCAGACCGGAGCCGGUCCAGCACCGAAAGCUGUGGAGCCAGGACGCGACGCAGGCCAUGCAGCCCCCUUGCGAGGCCGAGCUGCCCUCCGCGACCCCACAGCUGGCACCGUGGGAUGAGCUCCCCACCCCAGAGCCCUGGCGCCAGCUCUUCUGUGGCCUGUGCUACCGGGAAGCCGAGGGCCCAGGGAAGAUUUGCAGCUGCCUGCGGGAGCUGUGCCGGCACUGGCUGGAUUCGCAGCGCCGCAGCAAGGAGCAGAUGCUGGAGCUGGUGGUGCUGGAGCAGUUCCUGGCCAUCCUGCCCCCGGAGAUGCGGAGCUGGGUGUGCGGGUGCCACGUGGAGACGUGUGCCCAGGCCGUGGCCCUGGCCGAGGGGUUUCAGCUGGGGCAGGCGGAGGACAGGAAGCUGCAGGUAACUGUGCGUGUGAAGAUCGAGGAGAGGUCCUCAGACAAGAUGCAGCCCGCGAAGGCCCUCAAGGAGCCUGGUGAUUCCUGGGGGCAGCAGGCCUCUGGAGGACAGGCCUCUGGAGGAGGCAGGAGAGCGGGAAACCCCAGGGCCCGAGCACGAGCUGCCCCAUGUCACCAAGAAGGAGCCCCCGCCCAACCCAGAGCCGGGUUCUUACCAGCCUUUUUGAUGUACAAGCUUAACAUGGGCUUGACACCCAAAGAGUAGCUGUUACUUCCCCACACCCCCCGCCAUUAUUAGUGUUGGUGACGGGGUUUAGGUCAGUUGAGUUUGGGGGACAACUAAGUAGAAAACAGGGCUGGGAGUGGGGUUGCAGGCUCCAAACAAGCGCUACACGGGGGGACAGCGAGCGGAGCAGAGCGGGCAGUAUCCAGUGGCUCUUGAAUGAGUCCAAGGAGCCAGGGGCAGGUGAGGUGUGGGAUGAAGUCCUGGCGUGCAGUUAGGAGCCUGAGUGGCUGUCCUGCGGUUGGGGUGAGCGGCUCCAAUGCCUGCCCCUUCUGGGACAGGGCCGCAAGGUUUGUACGUGUGUGGAUGGUGUGGGACAGGGCUCUGGUCACUGUGGGUGGUCCGAGGCCCAGGAUCUUUCUCACUCCCUGCACUGCUGCUCUCAGAAAGAUACUUUAAGUGACUGGCUCUUGCUGUGCUGCCAUGGUCACAACCAGUGAUGUAAUUGCUGUUCUAACGAUCAGUGUUGUAAAAAUAUCAGUCUGUAAAAGGCUGGUGCAGGUGAUGCGGAAAUGAGUGCCCAGUGGCCUCUGGCUGGGCCAAGUGCAGUUCACCCAGGCCUCCGUCCUGCUGAAGAUCCCCGGGACAGGGGAGACCUGGGAGCUGUCAGCACGUGGAGGGUCCCCAGGAGGGUGCCCCGGACCAGGCCGUUCCCCAGGUGAGGUGAGUAAUGGUGGGUCUCCCCUUUCCAGUGGCAGGAGGCCCCAUCCCCCGUGCAGAAAUCUCUCUGCCAGAACAGUUUGAUGGGUGCGUGGUCAGUGGCUCUUGCUCUCCUGGUGCUCCUGGGAGCAUUUCAUGCAUCCUGGAGUAGAAUGACCUUGCAUUUCCCCCUCCAACAUGUGGAUGUGAUCCAGCACCAGCACCCUCCAGAUCCUUCCCCAAGGAGCAAUGUCACGGUGCCGUGAACGCCACCGGCGCUGGGGCACUUCUACUGGAUCGUCUCCAGCCUCUUGCCAGUGGGACAAUGAGUCUCCCGUCUCCCCUCUCCACAUACUGCAGCCUCCAGCUCCCUUCAUCCCAGGCCAGUCCAGGAGACGAGCAGGGCUUUUCCCUGUCACCGCCCCAGUGCUCACCUGUGUACUCUCUUCCACCCACAGGUGCUGGGACCCUGAGCCGAGCAGAUCAGCAGCCUCCCGAGGAAGGGCCUGUGAACCUGGAGCCGCAGAGACCCUCCCCAGGGAGACCGGGACAGAGCGGCUCCCUGACUCCUGGGCCGGGCCAGCUGCACGAGGGGCAGGGCAGGCCGGCGAAGCAGGGGGAGAGCAUGCAGCUCUGGGAGGUGUUUGAGGACGUGGCAGUGUAUUUCACACGGGAAGAGUGGGAGCUGCUGGAAGAGGAGGACAAGGGGCUUUACCGGGACCAGAUGCUGAUGAACCACCAAGCCCUCCUUUCCCUGGGGUAUCGAGGCCCUGCCCCUGACUUGAUCUGCCGCAUCCAGCGAGGAAAGGUGGAGCUCUGGGUCUGUGAUGAUGAGGACCAUGGGGAAAUGCGAAAGUCAGAGGACGUGCUGCCAGGACAUGCCUGGUUGCUGAGCAGAACUGAGGAGCAGGCUCCUGAGGAAGGGCCUGGAAAGCUGGAGCCACCAUGGGCUUCCCUGGGGAGUAUGGGUGAGGUGGAUUCCCUGAGCCCAGCAACAGACCAAUGGCAGAAGGGUCAGGGGAUGCCCCCAAAGCAGGAGAAUGUAGCAGUGAACAAUCUCCCAUCGCUCGUUGGGCAUUGGAGUGAAGACGGGAAAGAAGCCAGAAAAAGGCCAAGGUGCAGAGAUGAAUAUGUCAUGCUGAGACACCUGAAGAGGAAAAAAGCAAAGGUGCACUGGAGAGAGACACUGCAUGCAAACGAAGGCAAUGUGGGGGACCUCAGAGGGAAUCAGGAGCUCACUACCAAGCCCAGGGGGAGAGGCCACCCCUGCUCUCAGUGCAGGAAAAGUUUUAGCUGCCCCUCACACCUGGCUUUGCACAAGAUAAGACAUGCUGGGGAGAAGCCCCGUGUACGCGCCACGUGUGGGAAGAGCUUCACCUACCUCUCAACCCUGGCUGCUCACCACCAGAUCCAAUCUGGACAGCUCCCCCACCGCUUCACCAAAAGGGGGAAGAGCUUUGUGCUGCUCAAAACCCAGGUUGUGCACAGAAAGAAGCGUCAGUACUGCUGUGUCACAUGUGGUAAGACCUUCACCCAUUUCUUCUCCCUGGUUCAGCACCGACGCAUGCACUUGGGGAGGAAGACACACCAUUGCAAAGAGUGCAGGAAGAACUUCAUCAGCUGGCAGGGCCUGUCCAACACUCGUGUGUGUAGGAGGCAGCAGCCACACUGCUGCACAAAGUGUGGGAAGAGCUUCAGGCAGCCCUCCAGCCUGGCCAGGCACAGGUGCAUGCACACACGGGAGAAGCCACAUCAGUGCUUUGCGUGUGGGAAGAACUUCACCCGAUCCUCCCACCUGGCCCAGCACCAGCGCAUCCACACAGGGGAGAAAUCAUAUCAGUGCUUUGAGUGUGGGAAGAGCUUUAGUUAUACUUCCAAACUGGCCCAGCACCUGCGUGUCCAUACAGGGGAGAAUCCAUAUCAGUGCUCUGAAUGAGGAAAGAGCUUCACUUGCUCCUCUGGCCUGGCCCAGCACCGGCACAUCCACACAAGGGAGGAGCCAAAUCAAUGCUCUGAGUGUGGGAAGAGCUUCAGGUUUUCCUCCAACCUGGCCCGACACCAGCGUGUCCACACAGAGGAGAAGCUACAUCAGUGCUUUGAGUGUGGGAAUAGAUACAGUUAUUCCUCCGAGGUGGCCCGGCACCAGCACAUCCACACACAGGAGAAGCCAUAUCAAUGCCCUGAGUGUGGGAAGAGCUUCAGUUAUUCCUCUAACCUGGCCCGGCACCAGGUUUUCCGCACAGGGGAGAAGCCAUAUCAGUGCUCUGAGUGUGGGGAGAGCUUCAUUUAUUCCUCCAACCUGGCCCGGCACCAGUGUGUCCACACACGAGAGAAGCCAUAUCAGUGCUCUGAUUGUGGGGAGAGCUUCAGUUAUUCCUCCUAGCUGGUACGGCACCAGCGCGUCCACACAGGGGAGAAGCCAUAUCAAGGCUUCGAGUGUGGGAAGAGCUACAGGUAUUCCUCUCAGCUGGCCCGGCACCAGUGCACCCACACAUGGGGGAAGCCAUAUCAGUGUUUUGAGUGUGGGAAGAGGUCCAGUUUUUCCUUCUCCCUGGCCUGCCACCAUCACAUUCACACAGGGGAGAAGCCACAUCAUGGUUAUGAGUGUGGGAAGAGCUUCACUCGCUCCUCCAGCCUGACCCAGCACCAGCGUGUCCACACAGGGGAGAAGUCAUAUCGCUGCUUUGAGUGUGGGAAGAGCUUCAGUUAUUCCUCAUCCCUGGCCAAGCACAAGCUCAUUCAAAAAGGAGAGAAGCCAUAUCAGUGCUCUGAGUGUGGGAAGAGCUUCACCUACCCAUCCCACCCGGCACAGCACCAGCACCUCCACACCAGGGAGAAGCGAUAUCACUGCUUUCUUUGUGGAAGGAACUUCACCCAGUGCUCCCACCUGGCCCAGCACCAGCAUGUCCACACAGGGGAGAAGCCAUAUGAGUGCUCUGAGUGCGGGAACAGCUUCAGUCAUUCCUCCACCCUGGCCCAGCACCAGUGCAUGCACAAAGGGGAGAAGCCACAUCAUUGCUCUUAGUGUAGGCAGAGCUUCGCCUACUCCUGCAGCCUGUGCUGAGCACCAGUGCAUCUACACAGUGGAGAAGCUACAUCGGUGCUCUGAGUAUUGCAAAAGCUUCCCCCAUCUCUCCCACCCAUCCUGGAAUCAGCACAUCCACACCCAGAAGCAUCCCUAAUUCUGCCAGCAGUGCAGGAAGGACUUUUAGAUGUCUGCCUGCUCAGCACCCACCAGUGGUGCAUUCAGACAAGCACCCCCAUGCUGGUGGCGUGAACAAAGAGUCCCCCCAAGCUUUGUCCCUUGUAGGGUACAGUGGGAGUCCAGAUCCCAGACACUGGCCCCCAAGGAAUGGUUGUGGGCUGGCGGGGAAUAAGAGGAAACACUUCAGGCUGAGGUCAGCCCCGAUGUCGGGGAAGGAGACAAGGAGGAGAUGAUCUUUGCUUCAGUCUUAAAUCCCCAUCAUUCUCUAAAAGUACUCCCAGGGGAAGAAGUGCCUUCACGCUAGGGUGCCUUCUCCCAGACAGCUGACAUCAGAUGACACCUGUUGACUUUCCUUGGCUGCCUCCCAGCUUUCUCCUUCCUCCUGGUCCCGGGGUUCUGGUAGAUGAGGCCCUGAGUUGAAGGGAGGAGUGCAUUUAUGGCUGGGGAAGCAUUCCCUACAAUCAUCCCUGACCUUGCCUUUCCUCACCUCCCCAUCACAACUCUUCCAGACCUGCCCAUGCCCAGUGGGGUCUACAAGGAGCUGCUUUUGCCACCUCCAGAUCCUCUUUGGCCUGUCUUGCUUUUCAGCCUCUGCAGAACUGUGCAGCACGGGGUGUGUGCUGCUCCCCUGCCCUCCUCCCCUUCAUUGUAUUUUCUCUCAUGCAUUCCCUACUACUAAAACCCCAGAAUUGGA